GCCCCCACAGCGCGAGCGCGGCGGCCGGGCCUCGCAGGGACAGCGGCGCGCGCGGGGCCCGAGAGGAAGCGGCUCGCGGGAUUCACCUCCCCCCCCCCCGCCGGCCGGGCGGGCGGCCGUUGCCCGGCGCGAUGGAGGGCCUGACGCUGAGCGAGGCGGAGCAGCGCUACUACUGCGACCUCUUCUCCUACUGCGACACCGAGAGCACCAAGAAGGUGGCGCCCAACGGGCGGGUGCUGGAGCUGUUCCGCGCCGCGCAGCUGCCCAGCGAGGUGGUCCUGCAGAUUAUGGAACUUUGUGGUGCAACAAGACUUGGAUAUUUUGGAAGAAGUCAGUUCUAUAUUGCUUUGAAACUUGUUGCAGUGGCCCAGUCAGGUCUCCCUCUAAGAGUGGAAAGUUUAAAUACAGUAAAGGACCUCCCUCUACCCAGAUUUGUUGGUCCAAAGAAUGAACAGGAAUUGAGACACACAGCCUUGUAUUCUUCAGAUGCUGAUAACUCAACCCCAUAUUCAGGUGUAAUUCCUCCCCCACCCGGCCGGGUUCAAGUGAAAAAAGGCUCUGUGAGCCAUGAUGCAGUCCAGCAACGUACAUCAACAGAUCAACAGGAGUCCACAUCUCCAGUUGUUUCACCACAGCAAUCCCCACCAACUUCUCCACAUACAUGGAGGAAGCACAACCGCCAUCCCAGCGGAGGGAAUAAUGACCGACCUCUUGCUGGACCUGGGCCUUUUUGGGCUCCAUUUAGUGAAGCACAGCCAGGUCUGCUGGAUCCAAGAGGGAAGCCAGUAGUUGAGGGAGAGGUGGCAGGUUCUCUCAGACCUCCAUACCCAGUAAGAUUAACUUGGAAAGUUCAACUACCCCUCAUCCAUCAUAGUCAAAGCUCAUCUGCUACUGGUGAUCCCAUAUGGUCUGGCCAUUCCCCACCACCACAUCAAGAAAACUGGGUCAGUUUUGCAGAUACCCCACCAACCAGUACUCUUUUAGCCAUGCAUCCUGCUUCUGUCCAGGACCAGACAACAGUACGAACUGUAGCAUCAGCUACAACUGCAAAUGAAAUUCGUAGGCAAUCGAGUAGUUAUGAUGAUCCCUGGAAAAUAACUGAUGAACAAAGGCAGUAUUAUGUAAAUCAGUUUAAAACCAUUCAACCUGAUCUAAACGGAUUUAUUCCAGGGUCUGCAGCUAAAGAAUUUUUUACCAAAUCAAAACUACCUAUUCUUGAGCUUUCUCACAUUUGGGAACUGUCUGAUUUUGAUAAAGAUGGCGCAUUGACACUGGAUGAGUUCUGUGCUGCUUUUCAUCUGGUAGUUGCUAGGAAGAAUGGCUAUGACUUACCUGAAAAACUACCUGAAAGUUUAAUGCCCAAACUGAUUGAUUUGGAAGACACAACAGUGGUUCCUGUCAUUUCAGAAGUUGGAGAUCAGUCUGGUGAGGUAGGUUACUCCAGCUCUCCAGCAGAAGCACCUCCAAGCAAGUCUCCAUCAAUGCCAUCCCUAAACCAGACCUGGCCAGAACUAAAUCAGAGCAGCGAGCAGUGGGAGACAUUUAGUGAACGCUCUUCAAGCUCACAAACUCUGACCCAAUUUGAUUCUAACAUUGCACCAGCUGAUCCUGAUACUGCUAUUGUUCACCCGGUGCCCAUUCGAAUGACUCCAAGCAAAAUCCACAUGCAGGAAAUGGAACUUAAAAGAACUGGAACUGGAAGUGAUCUUGCUAAUCCCACUAGCCCUCUACUUGUGAAACCACCUGAGCUCUCAGAAGAAAAUAAUAUGAGUUCAUCAAAAUUUGUAGCUGGAAAUACAGUUGAUGGUUACAGCAGUUCAGACUCCUAUACUUCGGAUCCAGAGCAGAUUGGAAGCACUGUAACUCGGCAACGGUCACAUUCAGGAACAUCUCCAGAGAACACUGCACCACCCCCACCCCCUCCUAGACCUCAUCCUUCACAUUCUCGAUCAUCAUCUUUAGAUAUGAACAGAUCCUUUACAGUUACUCCAGGACAGCAACAAGCUGGAGUUGUUGCCUACCCCCCUGCAGUGCCUCCAAGACCACUGCCCUCACAGGGUGUAGGUCCUCAUGUGCAUCGCCCAGUGGAUGCUGAAAGCCUAAUAGCUCAUACCAGUACCUCACCUCAGCAAAUACCAGAACAGCCAAAUUUUGCAGACUUCAGCCAGUUUGAGGCAUUUGCUGCAUCAAGUGUAAAUGAAGAGGAGGAGGAUGAAAUUGAAACACAUUCAGAAGUUUUGCAGGUUGAAAAACCCUCUGAUUCUGCAGGCUCCCUUAGAGUUGCCAAAACAGAUGGCAGAGUUGAAGACAAGGCAGCUGCUAGUGUCCCUGUUAAUGCGGGAAAAGGCACCACACCUCUUGCUCCACCACCAAAGCCUAUUCGCAGAAGGUUAAAAUCGGAAGAUGAGCUGAGACCUGAAGUUGAGGAGCAUACACAGAAAACAGGUGUCAUAGCUGCUGUUCUUGCUUCACAGCCAUCUAUCCCUAGGUCCGUGGGGAAAGACAAGAAAGCAAUUCAGGCAUCAAUUAGACGCAAUAAGGAAACGAACACUGUUUUGGCCAGAUUGAAUAGUGAAUUACAGCAACAGUUAAAGGAUGUUCUUGAAGAGAGAAUCUCCCUGGAAGUCCAACUGGAACAGCUUCGACCCUUCUCUCACCUAUAAGCCAAUUGCCGUUAACUGUGAAUUUACUAAAUUUGGAAAGGGGGAUUGGGUUCAAAGCCUAUUGAAAGACCCAUUCAUUCAGCGAAAUGCACUCAAUUCAACAUUAAAUUUUGUGAUUCUGUUCUGUCCAGUUUGUCCAUCGUUGCAUUUAAGUAUUUUAACUUCAAUCAAAAAAAACCAGGAUAACUUUUUUCCUUGAAUCUUGGCACUGCCUCCCCUGCCAUUUCCUUGGGAGUGCAUGAUCUGUCUACUGGAGUUGAGUUUGCACAGUUUCAGUGGCCAAAACUUCAAACUGGAAUUAAUUACCUAAUGGUUUCUAUAUUUCAUGUCAAAGAAAAGGACAUCUUGUCAGUUAACUUUUAACAUUAAAGCACAUAUAUACCAUAAAUGCCUCUUACACUGCAGCAUUUGUUUUAUUGUGUAAAACAGGAAAACUAAUCUGGUAUGUGAACCAAAAUUGAUCUCCCAAACCACCUUUCACAGUUUAGCAAGUAAUUCACAAUUCCAGAAAGCCUGCCUUUUUUGCAAUAAAGUAGCUCCCUCAGGCUGCCACAGAGUUUCUUGCAGGCUACCUUGCCAUAUCAUCUAAAAUUGGUUAUUUCAUCUUUGUUUCAUACUUUGUGCAGUAUGUGACCAGAUUGCCAGGUGUUCACAUUUUUCCACUCAUGAUCUUGAUUCAGCCGCAUGCAUAUAAAUGACCUAUGGUACAACUGAUACUAUACGUAACAGACCUUCCUCGGUCAUCUCUUCUGUGAAAAAGAAUUGGGUGUUAAUUCCCAAUGUAUUGAUUGCACAUUUCCUGAGCACUACCUGUAAAUGCAUGCUUCACACAUUACCUUUUAUUAACAGAUCAUAUCCACCAGUCUUUACUGUAACAGAUUGUACUGUCAAGUAAUGUGUCAAUACCUCUCUGAAAUUCUAAUUCCCAGCCAAAAAAUAAACAGUUUGUUUCUUAGGACUUCUGGGUUACCUUCUGUUACCUUGUCUCCAGGCCUUAUUCUUCUGGCAUAUAGACAGGUUUCACUAUUAACAAAAAAUUCCCUGAGUGUAUCCUGUUAUUGGGGUUGAUGUACUGUAUUAGGUUUUGUUGUAUAUUGUAUGAUACACACCUUUUGAUCUCAUAUGUAAAUUUGCAUUAAUUGCUGACUAACAGCAGAUAUUCUAUUUAAUGGCUUCUUCUGGCUGUGGGAUCAUAGAUGUUAAAUCGCAUGGAUGUAUCUCAGCAGAAUCAGAACUAGCAAUUGUGUGAUUUUUACACCAAUAAAACAGCACAAUAUUUUAA